GAUUUCUUCUUCCCAUCCGCUUUUACUCUGUUAGUAAAAUGUCGCGCCGAGGCGAAACGUCCGUCUUUGCAGGGCAGGUGCAGCCGCCGCGUAAUCUGGACGAGGUCCCUGUGAUUGACCGCGAGAAGCUCUGCCCGUUCCUCUUGCGCGUCUUUGUUCAGCCACACAACCACCACAGGCCAGCCGAGUUUGACGCAGGUGCACUCCCAACACGUGACGAGUUGCAAGUCUACACAUGGCAAGACGCUACGCUUCUUGAGAUUGCCACCAUCAUUCGCUCCGUUUACCCGGCGGCCACGGAUCGCGAUACCCGUUUCUCGUUGCGCCGUGUUUACUUUGAGCACGGCCGCUCCAGCUACCGCGAUUUGGGCGUCGUUACCCCUGGCCGCAAGGGAAACGACGAUGCCUCCACGCUCUGGUCGACCGACUUCCACAUUGGCGACUACAUGGACAUUGCCGUCAUCCCUCCGGGCAGCCAGCGCUUCCGAAACAAUGCCGCUGGAAACAAUCCUGGCGGUCGGCCCGACAUUGACCACCAGCGCUGGGAUGAUGCGCGCAAGGAAGACACUCGUCGGGACAACCCUCGCCGCAACGACGAUCGUCGCAAUGAUGGCCGUCGCAAUAAAGACAGCUCUCGAGGUGGUCGUUGGUAAUUUUCUUGCUGUUUUUUUCUUUCUUCUUUGUCUUGGAUGACAGUUGUUCAGUGUUCUGUUGUUAUUGAUACAUUCCGUCAAGUAUUGUACUACCAAACACACGUCCG